AUGUGGUUUAUGAGUCUUGACAUGGCAAGUGGUUUCUGGGCAGUCCGAAUGACUGAAAGGGCUAAGUUGAUCUCGGCGUUUACCUGUCCAUUUGGGCAUAUCCAAUGGGUGCGUAUGCCAUUCGGGUUAAAAAACGCCCCACUAAUUUACCAGCAGAUGAUAAAUAAUUGUCUGUGGGGAUUUGUGCAGCUAUCACCUGAAGAGGAAGCACUCGUGGAUCAAGAUGUGUUAGACUACUUGAAGUUGAACCCUCAGUCGCCUAGUGAUAAGAUGGACGUCGAACGCAGCAUGACACCACUUGUGGAACAGAUGACGGUUUUCAGGCGCAACAUUCCCGCGCCAUCCCAAAUGGGGCCAGUCUUGGGGCGUAGUUCAUAUAUUGAUGACAUCGCGCAUGGGGCGGCCACUAUCUCAGUUAGUUUGCCCAAGAGUGAAUUCGGGAAGCGUGUCAUACCAUACCUCUCCCAUGAGAUUGGUGCUGAGGGGAUACGUGUCACCCCGAAGAUCGUAAAGGGCAUUCAGGAGCUACCGUUUCCGUCUACCCUGAAAAGGAGCAGCUUGAAUUACUACCACAAAUUCAUCGAGGAUUAUGCUGUGGUAGCCGCUUCACUCUAUGAGCUGACUGACGAUCAAGAAUCUUUCGAGAUCCUGAAGAAGAAGAUUGUGUCUACACCUCUACUCAGACACCCGGAUAGAACGAAACCUUUCGUGAUCAUCCCUCAUGCGAAUCAGUGGGCUGCUUGCGCAGUUCUAGGACAGAUGCAUGACGGACUUGUCCAACCAGUUCGUUUCACGGGGCGUGUCUUGAGUGACGCCGAACUCAAGUAUCAUAUUGCUGAGAAAGAAGUCCUUGCUGUAAUGCGAGUUCUCCAUGUGUUCAAAAACGUGAUCAAAGGAUGUCCGCUGAUAAUCUACACUCGACAUUCAGUGUUGAAGUGGGUCAUCAACUCUAGGACCGCUGAAGGCCGUUUGGUGCCAUGGGGCGUUGCUCUCUCACAGUAUGAUUUGGAGAUUCGGAAAGUCAGUCGAGAUGAGGAUGGCCUAGCCGCCAUUAUGGGUGCAGGUAUCACUCCCAGGGAGCACUUGGAUGAAGUCGCCGAAGUACUCAUUCCAGCCAAGGGGCGCGUCAAGCCGCCUCCAGUCGAUGAUCUCGAGAAACAACACCUGGAAGUAGUGUCUAAGCUUCGUGAGCAGUUGGUGAAGUCGUCAGAAAACACAGGCGCUCGAGUCCGCAGUGGAGACCUCGUACAAGACCCUGGUGAAGAAGAUGGCAAUUCAGAAACGAGACAUAGUCCUGGCCCUGAAUGUGCCCCUCUACCUUCUGCCGCCCGAGUCAUGGCUGUACUCACAAGAUCGCGAGCUGAAGAAGCUGAUGACGAUAAAGUUGCGCCCAUACGGAUCAAGGUUCAUCAAGAAGAAGACGAGUAUCUAGCGGAGAUACGGGCGUUCCUGAAUGACGACCUGGAUAGGUUCUCAUCCACGCGCUUGAAGAAGAUCAGUAAGGUCGGAGAUCUGUUCGUUCUGGAUGACCGAGGGGUGUUGUACAGACUUCCACACUCUGUUCGUAGAAGACCACGAGACGCCGUGGAUAAUCUGAGAUUGGUAGUCCCGAGUUCACUCCGGGAAGAUAUGUUACCUCACGCUCAUGAAGAUUUCCAAGGUGGACAUCAAGGGAUCACACUGGCCCGGCAUGUAUGCGGACGUCCAACAUUUGUGAAAAAAUGCGUGGAUUGUGCCAGCGGAAAAGGGGCGCCCCCGAAUGCUGGACCUUCGCCAGGAAACAUCGAACCACGGUAUCCUUUCGAAGCAGUUUCUAUGGAUUUCGUGACUCACAUGCCCGAGUCAGCCAGGGAAAACACUUUUCUCUUGUUGUUUCAGGACAUGUUUUCAGGCUAUGUGAUGUGCAAGCCCAUGUUCCACUACCGCUCAAGAUAUUGCUGA